AUGUUCGGUCCGAGCAUAGGUUCGCUUUCGGUUCAUCCUCCGUUCGCUCCAACCAUUAACAAGCGAACCCAAGUUCGUUGUUCCAGAACUCUUUCCCGCCGUCGAGGAGUCCCUGUUCUUAUCCAAGUAAAGAAAUCAAAGAGGAACUGGCAAGAGAAAUUCUUAUGGGUGAACAACAAUCUCGUGGUACUUAGUUACCUGAGGACCAAGGUAUACGUCGACCAUGCCCCCGUGUUGUUUGGCGUUGACAAGGAACUGGUUGAUGCCCUAGAGAAGAUCAGCAUCGUCGGUGAAGAUUGGCUUGACUGUUUCUUGGCUGCCGGCGGGAUGAGUGCUGUGGCUAAACUAGCAUUAUUUCUUGUUUUUACCAGGUGUGGAGGAGAUUGUUUCUUUGGAGAAAGCUCUCCGGGGUUUGUUUGA